AUGGCAAACGGGUCAGACGGCAACGCCUCCAGCUGGCCCCGCCUCACGCUCAACACCUCCGGUCAGUCCGCUGCCCAGCUGCUGCUGCUCACCGGCGUGACGGUGGCGCUGAGCGCCGUCACCGUGCUGGGGAACUCGCUGGUCCUCCUCUCCGUUAAGGUCAACCGCCGCCUGCGUACCGUCAACAACUACUUCUUGCUGAGCCUGGCGACCGCCGACCUGCUGGUGGGGGCGGUCUCCGUCAACGUGUACGCGCUUUACGCGGCGUGCGGCUCCUGGCCGCUGGGAGCCGCCCUCUGCGACCUCUGGCUGGUCGUCGACCACAGCGUGAGCGCCGCGGCCGUCUUGAACCUGCUGCUUAUCAGUUUGGACCGCUUCUUCUGCCUGACCCGGCCGCUCAGCUACCCGCUGAGGCGCACGGGCAAGACGGCCGCCCUGAUGAUCGCUCUGGCCUGGCUGCUGUCCUUCUCCCUAUGGACACCGGCCAUCCUGUGCUGGCAGGGGGCCGGGGCCGAGCGCCUGGUCCCCGAAGCGGAAUGUUACCCGCGGUUGCUCGCUAGCCCCGUAGUCACUCUCGGGACCACCCUGCCCGCCUUCUUCCUGCCCGGUGUCGCCAUGGUGGGCCUGUACAGCCACGUAUCUGCCGCAAGCCGCCGGCGUCUGAGCGCGCGUCGCCGGCCGCCGGGGGACCAGGUCGGCACAUCUGCUUUUUCCCUGCGGGGCGAGGCUACCGGCGACCGCUCCUCCUCCGGCAGAUUCAAACUUGGAAGGAGCGGAGGGGCGUGUGCGAGUGCAGACCCGUCGGAGUGGACCGCCCUCUCGCUGCGCCCGUCUCACAGUGCGGGCGACUACUCGGCUCGAUCCCGACGGCACCGGGCGGCCUCGGCGGCGUUGUCUUCGGCCGCCUCCACCCGGCAUCGGGGCGCGGCCAGGGAGAGAAGGGUGACGCGCACCAUACUCACCAUCCUUCUCACUUUUAUCCUCACCCGGGCGCCGCACAACGCCAUGGCGCUGGUGGCCGCUUUCUGUCACGUACGUAUCCCGGACGUCCUGUGGCAGGCGGGUCUCUGGCUGGUUUACGUCAACAGCGCUGUGGACCCCGCCUGCUAUGCUCUGUGCAACCCCACAUUCAGGAGCACCUUUCGCCGCCUACUGCGAUGUCGCUGCCCUGACCCGUCCGUCUGAACUUCAACGGGCUUCAUCAUGUGAUGAAAAUGAGGGGCGUCUGGGUCAACGUCGAGAAGCUGAUUUCUGCCGUUUCAAAUAUGGCAACUGGAAAUGACAGACAGCAUCAUUCAUGCUGUCACUUGACCUCAUACAUGCUGUCGUUUGACGUCAUGUUAGGUCUGUUUUGAUGAGACAUCGUACUUUUUCUUAGUUUAUUUGAUCAGUGACGCGCAGUCAAGGCCUUCAAGGCUUCUGCUGGUCCAAACACAACCAACUUCCAUGAAAUAAUUAUGUUUAAGUUAUGGCACCUUGAGCGGUGCGAGCGAC